AUGGGACAAGUUAUCUCUCCAAUUUUCCUAAGGCCUAAAAAGGAUGGUGGGUAUAGGAUGGUGCUGAACUUAAGAGAACUCAAUUUCCAUGUCCCUUACAAACAUUUUAAAAUGGAAAACUUUGAACAGGCUAUUAGACUGAUUCAUGCAGGGGACUAUUUAGCUUUGGUUGACCUUAGACAUGCUUACUAUUCUGUCAAGAUUGCUGAUGAACAACAAAAGUUUUUGUGUUUUAAGUGGAACAAUACUGUUUAUCAAUUCACAUGUCUUCCUAAUGGUUUUUCAGAGGGGCCACGAAUUUUCACAAAGCUAUUGAAACCAGUUUUUGCAACACUGAGGGAAAGAGGGCAUUCCAUUACUAGCUUUAUUGAUGACACCCUCAUCUGCAAUAACACUUGGUCAGGAUGUCUUGCAACCAUUAAGGACACUAUUGAUCUCCUCCAGAAGUUGGGUUUUUGUAUUAACGCAGAGAAGUCGGUGUUGACACCCACCAGGACCAUUGAGUAUUUGGGGAAUGUGAUUGAUACUAAUUCCAUGACGAUCACCUUACCGGAACGGAGGAGACACAAAAUUAUUCAGGCCUGUCGGAAUCUCUUGGGUAAAAGCAAGGAUAGAAUUAGGGAAGUAGCCAGAGUUACAGGUCUUUUGGUCGCUGCCACUCCUGCUGUGGAAUUAGGGAAACUGCACUACAGGAAGUUGGAGACGGAAAAGACAGCAGCUUUACAGCUUCAGUAUGGUAAUUUUGAUAAUUGGAUGACUAUUACUGCUGACAUGAAAACAGACUUGAGUUGGUGGCUUGAUAACAUCUAUACACAGGACAGGAAAAUUUUUAGGGGUGGCACGGAUAUUGAUUUAUACACAGACGCUUCCAGUUUAGGCUUGGGGGGCCAUCUCAACAAUCGAGCCACGUCGGGUAGAUGGUCUUUGGAGGAAAAAUUACUACAUAUUAAUGCGCUUGAAUUGAAAGCCAUUUUGUUUGUCCUUCAGACUUUUAGACGGGAGUUGAAAGGGCAUUACAUUAAGGUUUAUUGUGACAAUACCACAGCAAUGACAUAUGUGAACGAGAUGGGAGGUACUAGGUCUCAAGUGUGCAAUGUAAUUGCGGGACAUAUUUGGCAGUGGUGUGUGGAUAAUGGGGCUUGGAUCACGUGUUCACACAUCCCAGGCAAGGACAACACACUAGCUGAUUUAGCCUCUCGUAAGGUGAAUGACAGGCAUGAGUGGAAACUGGACAUACACCUAUUCCAACAAUUGUGUGGCAUCUUUGGUACUCCAGUGGUUGAUUUGUUUGCAUCUCGGCUCAAUAGGCAGGUAGAUUUAUUUUGUUCUUGGAAGCCAGAUCCAGAAGCAACUUAUUUUGAUGCCUUCUCUCUGAACUGGGCACGGUUUGGACUAUGUUAUAUUUUUCCUCCAUUUUCACUAAUUACUAGGUGUUUGCAAAAGAUGCGUGCGGAAGGGACGACAGGGUGGAUAGUAGUGCCACUGUGGAUGUCGCAGCCAUGGAUGGGCACCCUGCUCAGGAUGUUGGUGGAUCACCCAAGAGUAAUCAUGGAGAAACACGGGGUCCUUGUUCAUCCAUCCUCUGACGAAGAGCACCCGAUCAUGCGGCACACGCGAUUGAUGGCAUGUUCGAUAUCGGGGAACACUUGCAGGAACAAGGAAUAUCUGCGGCAGGGGCAAAAAUCAUCAUGGCCUCGUGGAAAACAGUUUCUCAUGUGGGUGGUCGUUGCUUCAAAGUCUGACGGUGCGUGGGCUGCAGUGAAUCUCAUAUGAAAGCUCUCCUCAAGCAGAGGUGAUUUGCCUCGUAAAAUUACAAGCACACUUCAACUGACCAAAGGUAAGUCUCGUGUACUUUAUAAUUUUGAGUGAAGGGUGUGUGUGUUAUUAGGUGCUUGUUGUUUUGUGUGGAGGUAGAGUUGUCUUUAGAGCGCAGGUUGUGACUUGUGUUGUGAGACAUAAAGGGAAAUGUUCAAUGAGGUCACAGAUGGGUUUAAUGAUAAGUUCACAGCACCCCCUGAUCCAGUGCUUUAGACUUCACUGGGAGUAAUUAUCAUUUCGGCAGGUGCCUAUUACCUCCUCCUCCUCCUCCUCGCUUCUUCCCUUGUGAAGAAAGGUGUGGUGUUGGUGGUGGUGAAGAUCUCAGAUGCUGGGAGUCUUAUCCCAGGGGAGGAUUAAGAAGAGUGUGUGUGUGUGUGUGUGUGUGUAUCUCACCAAGCCUUGCCUUGCCUCCCUCACUUCUGCCUUCUUGCCUUUCAUUAUUUUAAUUUAUUUGUUUGUGUAUUAUUUUAUUUUAUCCUGAUUUUUUUUUUAUUUCUUAAUUAUCUUUGUGUGUGUGUGUGUGUGUGCACAUGUGUUUGAGGAACAUUAUGUAAGUUGGUAUACUUUAUUAACAUAGGAUGAGACUUGAUGCUUUACUGGACACUCAGAGGGUGCCAUGUGAAGGUGGCUGGAAGAGGGGUUGGAAAAUGAGGUGAGGGGGCAUGACCUUAAAACUCUUUCACACCUGUGAGAGGAAUAGACAGGUGGCAAGAGAGUGGUUGGAUGUGUGGUGAAUGAGGUGAGGCAGUGAAGGGUCUGGAGUCAUUUUGCCUGUCUUCAUUCUGUUAUUUCCUUCUUCAUCUCUUUUCACUUUCAUUUAUAUCAUCAAACAUGCACACACCUGCAUAUAUUGUCUCUCAGUGUUUUAUGCUGUCAUUCCCUCAUUCAUACUUUGUUUUGUAGCACCAAUGAUUAUGAAUACUCUACUCCAUCCUUAAAGUCUCUCUCUCUCUUUCUCUCUCUCUCUCUCUCUCUCUCUCUCUCUCUCUCUCUCUCUCUCUCUCUCUCUCUCUCUCUCUCUCUCUCUCUCUCUCUCUCUCUCUCUCUCUUCCACAUAGAAAUUAUUGGUGAGGAAAGAGUGAGCCAUUUACGAGUAUGGCAUUGUGAGAAAUAACACCCCUCCCCUUCAUACAUACAGUUGUGUGCUCAGGUUGUGGUCACACAUGUGUUUUGAUGGGUCUUUUUCCAUGAAUGCCAGGUGAGUCAGGUAUGUAUAUAAAAGCUGUGUAUAAAAACUGGCACGAGGGGAGAUGUGUCAGUUAGCAGUAGCAUUCACUUCAGCAAAGAGCGGAGCUCCAUUGCCCACCCUGAUUCCUUCAUAGACAAUGUCUGGUAUGUAUACAAGGAUGCAUUUACAGCAAAAACAAUUUUAUUAAAAUAUAAAUAAAGUCUAUAUUAUUGAUGGUAAAAAUAACAUAAAUAACUAAUCUGUUUGAUAUAAUUAAUUAUUUAUUAAUUUAUAUUUUUGCAAGGUUGGUGAUUCAUACCCCCAGUAAUGGCUGAGAAUGAAGAUUGUGGAAGGAGCAGACGUCUUUACAACAGCCAGUGUAGGACCAUGGUGCUUUGUUUCUUGGAUUAGCUACGAAUAGUACAUACAACUAUGAAUGAGACAGAGCUUGAGAUACAAACAGUUUUGUCCAGCAUUUUAAGAGGGAAUUAAAGGAGGGAAGACUUGACUCACCCCUUCCAAAGAGGCAGAAAACUGCACCCAUUAUGAACAGCAUCGACAACUUUGAUGAAACCAGUGUUUGCUGAAUAAUUUAAUUAUUUUAUGAGAGGUGAGAUCCCGUUGCUUAUGACUAUUUUUGAAAAGGUGAAGGAAGCCCUGGUGAGCUUUCAGGGGUCGAGGACUCAUUCCACAAAAUUAUAAAGAAGAUGGGCUUCUGCUACAAAAAAGUGAACAGUGGGCAGAAAAUCCUUAUGGAGAGAGAUGAUAUUGUGCUGGCACAGUGCAAAUACUUGUGAAAUCUCCAAGAAAACAGGCAAUUAGAUAAUCCAUGACCAGAAAUAUAUCUGGAUGAAACCUGAAUAAAUCAAAAUGAAUGUGUGGCAAAGUGCCAGAUGACCUUAGAGGGAGUUUUGGUCCCUAAGGUGAAAACAAGAAGAGGUGCCCACUUCAUAAUUUUACAAAGUGGUGGAGUCUUAUUGAUGUUCAAGUCAAGGAAUGGCAAUAAAGGUGAUUAUCAUGAUUCAAUGAAUCAUGAUACAUUCACAGCAUGGUUCAAGGAACAACUGCUUGAGAAUAUUCCACCUCGAUCAUUAAUAAUUAUAGAUAAUGCCUCAUGCCAUAAUAACAUGAUAAACAAAGCACCUAAUAAAGCAACGAGAAAAUGUGAUAUACUUCAGUGUCUCUAAGACAACACUUAUUAUCAUUGAUGUGCCAUAUCCCGUAGGACGUCGGCAACCAUGGUUUGCCACCGCUCCCUGUCUCUAGUUGCUUGUAUCAACUGAGCUGCAGACAUUCCUCCUCCAGUUACUCGCACCAGUCCAUCCAUGUACUUCUGUCUUGGUCUUCCUUAUGGUCUCUUGCCUUCUAUUUUACAGGUUGAGAUAGAUGUUCCAGUCCCUCUCUUCUCAUAACAUGGCCCAGGAAGCGCAUCUGUCUACUAACCGUACUCAUCAACUCUCUUCUAACACCCACCCUUUGCAACACUUCAUUUGUUCUUCUUUCUGUCCAAGAUAUCUUAAGCAUCCUCCUCCAGAACCACAUCUCAGCUGCUUGAAGUCUUUGCUCAUCUGCCUUUCCCAUUGUCCAGGACUCACAGCCAUACAACAAAACCGACCAUAUAAGACAUUUCACAAACCUUCUUCUUGUAUCCAUUGAUACUUUAACAUUCGUCACCAAGUUUUUAAUCUCGCCAUAUGCAUUCUUUGCAAGUACUAUUCUCUUCUUUAUAUCCAUCUCACAUUUUCCAUCACAUGUGAUUGUGCUUUCCAAAUAAUUAAAGUUGUCUGUUUGUUUGAGGGGUUCUGCAUCAAGUAAUAUAUUUAUUUGUGACGGUUGCUCCUCUUUCGAUACUACCAUCACUUCCAUUUUAUUUUUGUUAAUUGUUAGGCCUCUCUGUCUUCUUGAUCUAUUUAAUGUGUUAACCAGGUCUUGCAGUUUGUCUUGCCAGCAGCACCGUAUCGUCUGCAUAUCUUAUGUUGUUGAUGUUGGUGCCUCCCACUUUUACCCCUUCCAUCUCUUAAAUCCUUCAUUAUAAUUUCACUGUAGUAGUUGAAGAGAUCAGGGGACAUCACAUAUCCCUGUCUCACGCCUCUCUAUAUGCUCUGCGUCUCCAAAUCCUUAUCCCCUACUCGCACUGCUGCUUCUUGGUUCCAAUAUAAGUUAUGUAUUAGUCAAAGAUCUUUACCAUCUAUUUCCAACCCUUCCAGCAUUAUCAUAAGGUCUACAUGUUUGACAUGCUUUCUCAUAAUCUACAAAACAAACAUAAAGAUCUUUCUUCACUUCUAUUAAUCUUUCUAUCAACAUCCUCAGAAUGAAGAUUGCAUUCCUCGUACCUUUCUCCUUGAUGAAACCACAAUGUUCAUUUCCAAUCUCAGGAAGUAUUUUAUUCCUCAUUCUAUCUAGAACCACUCAUAAAAUUAUUUUUGUUACCUGACUCAUGAUACUAAUUGUGCGAUGUUUAUUGCACUCAAGAGUUCCCGGUAUCUUGGGCAAAGUAAUAAAAGUUGAUUUAUACA